GACGUGGGGAGAGAGCUCCGGCUUUCAGCAAUGAAAUUUUAAUUAAUGUGGGUGGGCUGAGAACACAACGAGUGUUUAUGAUAGACAAUUUAUUUUCCAGUGCAAAGUCAACAUAAAACAGCAAACGUACAACAAUUAUUUAACAUUUUUAGACUCAUGAGUCAGGGACGCAGUGGAAGUCCGUCAUUCCAGGAGCAGCGUUCUGUUCGGGCUGAAGUUCAUUGGGAAGCAAACAGCGCUCCAGCAUCAUGAAUCUGUACCAUAGCCGAGUGCCGCAGCUCGGAGUGCCACCCUCGGCGCUUAAUCUCUCAAAUUCCUCCCUGAUUUACUUAUAUGGAGGCGACGGCGGUACCAUUCUUCCGGCCUUGGGUUUCGUCCCGACUCGACAGGAACCUCCGCAAAAACCUCCUUACAGCUACAUAGCACUUAUCGCUAUGGCCAUCAAGAGUGCGCCGGACAAGCGCGCAACGCUGAGCGGCAUAUACCAGUUCAUUAUGGACCGCUUCCCCUUUUACCAUGACAACAAGCAGGGCUGGCAGAAUUCAAUCCGUCACAACCUCUCUUUGAACGACUGUUUCAUCAAGGUACCGAGAGAAAAGGGUCGGCCCGGGAAAGGCAGCUACUGGACUUUGGACACCAAGUGCCUGGACAUGUUUGAGAACGGUAACUAUAGACGGAGAAAGAGAAAAUUAAAGGGUCAAGAGACAGCAGAGUCGAAAAAUAAUCCCAAGAGAACCAGGGGUCCAGUUCCAUCUAAACUUUCAGAUGAUGGUCGCUUGAGCAGGAUGUCCGCAGGAGAGAUGGCUCUGGUGUGCACUGAUAUGGAACAACAGCACAGACAUUAUGAGCAUCGUAGUUCCAAUUUAAAGCAAGUUCACGGUGAAUUCAACAAUCUUGGAAUGCAACAAUGUGGGUCUAUACAGUGCCCAAAUUUAAAUAUGCACAAUCAAAUCCAAAUUGAAUCCACGCAGGACAUACAAGGCACUCAGUCCACUGACCCGCGCUUCGGUGCAAAGUGCAAACCCAGUCAAGAGCACAGGGUCUCGUUGGACGUAGCACAUCCUGCAGGAGCAUCUUCCAUCCAUGACAUUGUACAUGACAGCGGCAGACUAGCCUUUGAUGGGAGAGAGAACGGUUCUCCUAUCAUGUCCGGUUACGCGGAAAACUUGAACUCAUCUAUCAUGUGCAGGAAAAAAGACAUAAUACCCACGGUCCCAAGCAGAUCAGCCGACAAAUCAAAAUGUUUUAGCAUAGAUAGUAUCUUAUCAAAAAAGGGAAAUCAAAUGCACAAAAGCAGCGUUUGCGUGACAGACGCAGGUUUGGACCCCGUUGGUCACCCCUUCAAUUCAUCUGUGAUCUUGGGUGCGCGCACGCACCAGUUGUACCAGAUGGGAUUCCCUAUAUGCUCUUACUUAUCGCUCAUGUGCCCUGAGAAAGUUCUGCAUUUCAAAUAGGCAGAGGUAUGUGAUCGAGGAAAAAAAAUCCACCAAUCCACAAAAAUAUUUCACGCAGGAACGUCGAUGUAGGUUAUGGGAAGAGGGACUAUGAUAUUAAUAUUGGACUUCUACGACCAUCUUAAGAGCCUAACAACUGUAACGACGAGCAAUUAUGAUGAUCAUCAGGUUUAUUGUUAUUAGGGCACCUAUUCCCAAGAGCAGGCCAUUGCACUUGACAGUCCCUUUCAGUUGACUUUUCAUCCGGAGAGAACUACAGCACUCAAGAGAAUACGGAUGUUGUUUUAGUACAUGUAAAUGUUUAUGAAAACUAUGGUUUUAUAUGUAGGAGCUCAGAGGAUGUCAUCGGGGCCUUCAGUUUCACUGUUGUCUUUUGUAUUCCGUGGGCUCCUCAGAUUUUGAAUGUCAGUGUUAAAAUGUGUAUAUAUAUAUAUAUAUAUAUAUAUGUC